UUCCCAACUCCAACCAAUAAACUCACCCCAACAAACCUCAAUUCCCUAACACCCUGGAGCUGUAACCUUUUAAUUGGAGGGAACCACUAUAAUAUCCUACGACGAAUAACAGUGAAUACGGAAAAGCGUUAUCACCGCCAAGUGUACCCUAAAACAAGGCUGGGGGGUGGGGGCAUAUCUGCCAAUUCAGCGGCGUGAGAUCUAGUCUCUGGGAACUACAAAGUUCUAUACUGUGUCUCGUAUACAUUGGCGUAUUAUAUAGGAUAGUUUGGUUGUUUGCUUUCUUUCAGCCUCUAGAUAUUUGCGUUUGUAAGCACAAGUGAAAAAGAAAGAGUUAAGCAAUGGGUAGCUCAGGAUUCUCGUGGAAAUUGCCGGAUCAUCCCAAACUGCCCAAGGGCAAGAUCAUCGGUUUGAUUGUUUUGGAUGGUUGGGGCGAAGCUAACCCCGAUCAGUAUAACUGUAUCCAUGUCGCCGAAACCCCCACCAUGGAUUCCCUCAAGAAGGGUGCUCCUGAAAAAUGGAGGCUAGUCAGAGCUCAUGGGACUGCUGUAGGGCUACCAACUGAAGAUGAUAUGGGCAAUAGUGAAGUGGGUCAUAACGCAUUGGGUGCUGGACGCAUUUAUGCUCAGGGGGCAAAGCUCGUCGAUCUUGCCCUUGCCUCUGGAAAAAUAUAUGAUGGAGAAGGCUUUAAGUACAUUAAAGAAUCUUUUGAAAGUGGCACAUUGCAUCUCAUUGGGUUAUUAAGUGAUGGAGGAGUUCAUUCAAGGAUUGAUCAAUUGCAAUUGUUGCUUAAGGGAGCUAGUGAACGUGGUGCAAAAAGAAUUCGUGUUCAUAUUCUUACCGAUGGACGUGAUGUUUUGGAUGGUUCUAGUGUUGGAUUUGUGGAAACACUUGAAAAUGACCUUGCAAAGUUACGUGAAAAAGGUGUUGAUGCACAGGUUGCAUCUGGUGGUGGUCGCAUGUAUGUCACCAUGGAUAGAUAUGAGAAUGACUGGGAUGUUGUGAAAAGAGGAUGGGAUGCCCAAGUUCUUGGUGAAGCCCCACAUAAAUUUAAGAGUGCUGUUGAGGCUGUCAAGAAAUUGAGGGAGGAACCCAAUGCCAAUGACCAGUACCUUCCUCCCUUUGUUAUUGUUGAUGAUAAUGGGAAGGCUGUGGGACCUAUAGUGGAUGGUGAUGCUGUUGUUACAUUCAAUUUCCGAGCAGAUCGGAUGGUUAUGAUUGCUAAGGCUCUUGAAUAUGAAGAUUUUGAUAAAUUUGAUCGAGUUAGAUUCCCUAAAAUUCGUUAUGCUGGGAUGCUUCAGUAUGAUGGUGAGCUGAAACUUCCAAGCCACUACCUUGUUUCUCCUCCUGAAAUAGAGAGAACCUCUGGUGAAUAUCUAGUACAUAAUGGUGUUUGCACUUUUGCUUGCAGUGAGACUGUUAAAUUUGGUCAUGUCACUUUCUUCUGGAAUGGAAAUCGCUCAGGGUAUUUUAACCCUGAGAUGGAGGAAUAUGUGGAAAUUCCAAGUGAUAGUGGAAUCACAUUCAAUGUGCAACCGAAAAUGAAAGCUUUGGAGAUUGCCGAAAAGGCAAGGGAUGCUAUACUUAGUCGCAAAUUUCACCAGGUCCGUGUCAACCUGCCAAAUAGUGAUAUGGUGGGACAUACAGGUGAUGUUGACGCGACAGUUGUGGCUUGCAAGGCUGCUGAUGAGGCAGUCAAGAUUAUCCUUGAUGCAAUAGAGCAGGUGGGUGGAAUUUACGUUGUCACUGCAGAUCAUGGAAAUGCCGAAGACAUGGUGAAGAGGAACAAGUCCGGUAAACCUCUUCUUGACAAAAAUGGCAACAUUCAAAUACUCACAUCACAUACUCUUCAGCCGGUGCCUAUUGCAAUUGGAGGUCCUGGUUUAGCACCUGGUGUAAGGUUCCGCAACGAUGUUCCUAAUGGUGGGCUGGCCAAUGUCGCUGCAACUGUGAUCAAUCUUCAUGGAUUUGAGGCUCCCAGUGACUACGAGACCACCCUCAUUGAAGUUGUCGACUAGGCAAGCAGCAAAGAAAAAACCGAAAGAAAACCUUCAGUUUUAUUAUUAUUAGCUAAAAUUUUGACUUAUUAAAUUAUAAAAAGCCCAGCUGGAAAAGAAGGCUGUGGUUGGAUUAUUCGAUGCUAUGUUAUCCAAGUAAAAUAAGUUGAAACUUUGACUGCUACUCUAUAAUUUCCUUUUUGGUAACCAAAUUUUGCAAUACUUUUGACUGCUAUUCUGAAUAUGAUUUCCAUUUUGGGAUGA